GCCCGCCCUCUCAUCUUGCCCGCCAUCCACGACUGUCGUCCGCCCACCCGCCUUGGUGUCCCGAGGCAUCCAUUCUCUAUAUCUCCUUCGUUUAUUCGCCGCUCCUUUCUGCUCGUCUGGGCGUAGAUAGUGCAUGGCACAGCCUGUCAUCUACAGCACGCCGCCUCUCGCCGGACGACCGCCCUACGCAACCGACGAGCCAGACUCGGUGUACCAGCAACAGCCUCAACAAGCUCGCAGAAUCAGACAGCCUCCUCCCCCGAAUCCAAACGACAGGACUUCGGCGUACAACAUGUAUGACCAGUACUUAGACGGCGCGAACGCGCCCAGGGGCACCAACCCCUUUGCCGACCCGAAGAGGGCCCUCUCGCCUCCUCGGCAGCCCAUCCCCCUCGCUGCGCCCCGACCCGGCUACGCCGCCCCCGUGGCUGCCCUCAACCUCUCGCGUCCUGACGCCGUCGCCUCUCUCGACGGCCGCUCUCGCUCGCCCACCACGCCCGAGAUGUCCCAAGCCUUCCCGAAGCCGCUCACCCUCGUCGAGCGCCAGGCUUCUCCCGUCUCCCCGCACUUCCCGCACACACCGCACGAGCUCCAGCCGCCCAUGACACCCAUCGCCCCUGCGUUCAUUCGCCCUGCGAGUGCCGCGAGCACGCAGAGGGACGUCAAGUUCAACCCGACCACGCCGAUUUUACGAAGUGAGAAGGAAGAUGCGUUCCUGCCGCGACGGGGCCAGGGCGAGGAAUUUUGGAGGCGGUUCAGUAUGGUUGCAAGGGACGAAACCACGACGAGGGGUAAGCAGAGGUAUGUGGGCAGACGCGACGCUACGCUCGAGAACACUACUGAACAACGACGUCAAUAGUGUAUGGUUGAAGAAGACAAGUUCUGGAAUUUCCCGCCACGUCCGUUGGGUGUGGGUGGUCGGCAUUACGCUCCUCAUCAUCAUUUGCUGCGCCGUCGCGUUCGGCGUGUACAAAGCCCACCAUUCCACCAGCUCGAACAACUCCUCCGUCGUCACCGCGAUCGGCGGAAGUGCGAACCAGAUGGGCUCGGGCAACACCGUCACGGCCGACGAAAAGUCAGGUGCCUCGUCCAGCGCCCUCAUAGUCACGCCCACACACACCGUCGCCCGCCGCACCGUUGACAUCGAGCCCACUGGCUCCCCCGCGAUACCAAUCCCUCCUCCUGCCUACCCGUCCCCUAUACUGACACGGACGUG